UGUACACUCGUGUCUUUUUCCAACUUUUCAAAUGUGUUAUGAAGACCAAUAUUAGUGUUUUAACGAGUCUACAUUUAACAAACCUUUCUUUUCAGUAUCUCUAUUUGAAUACUGAAGUUUAUAAUAAAUAAAAAAAUUCGGCAGCCGCGGGAAGGAUCUUGUUUCAGAAUUGUUAACAUUUUAAGACGUGGAACUCUGGGAUAAUACUUUUUUGGAGGCUGCCAAGGAGCGAACAGGUUUUAGAUGCGUAGCAACUUUAGUGGGCGAAAUACAUAAUUGUGGAUGCGUCGGCUGCAGAAAUGGCACGGGAUUUAUACUCCUAAUUAAUUAACUAGUUAUAACAUGUUAAGUAACUAAUGCAACGAUUCCAUUGGAUUAGUGAAACUUUUCAAGAGUCCGGAAAGCUCCGUUGUCAACUUUAUAGUGGCAUUUUUGUCGAGAGAUUGUCGCUACAGAGCCUAUGAAAGUAACUAUUGCAUUUUCGUCGUUUACUUUAUUGUCGCCUUUCAUUUUGGAAUCCGUCUUAUCAACCAACAUCAACCUGACUUUGUUCCUCUCGGUUUCUGAAGCCUCUGGGGAUACUGUGGUGGGGAUAUCGUCACAAUAUCCUAUCCAGCGUAAAGAGUAGUAGGGGAUUUGCUUUUUAGGUAUUUGACAACUUGUUGCAUCUGGAGUCCCUCGGCGAGAUUUGACAAUUUUUGUCUUGCUCUGUGAGACAUGUGACAUGGAAUACCGGUAACUUGGAUACUUUUUUUUUUUGUUUAAACCAGGCGUAACUGUAGCAUGUCUAUAGUGUGUUGGUCACGAAUUAAAGUAGCAACAUUGUUGCAAAAUGUUUAUUGAAAUCUUGCUAGUGGUUGAAGAUUACAAGAUCCGGCGUGUGACCGGACUGAACCGCUCUGUCUAUGACAACUUCAACCUGCACGUUGAAAACGAGGAUCGGGCCACUGUUUAUCUCAUGUAAGGAGCUCGUGUUGUAUGUGAAGGGUGAACUAAAUGUAGGCCUAUUCAACUUUAAGCGACGCAAUUCCAAUUAUUGAUUUGAUGUUGUCGAACUUGUGCAUGCAAUGUUUGGCCUCUCCUGUUAGUGAUACCGGUUAACACACAUUAUCUAAAUUCUUAUUAGGCUAUCUAUGUAUGUUAUAUUUAUUUGAUGGUAGCAAUUUCAUAAUUUAGAAGCACGCGUUCUGAUUUUUCCUUAUGGGUGAAUAUGAGGACCACUUUACUUGGCGUGUUUAAUAACUGUUUUUUACCUGGAACAAACUUUCAAAGCGGGAUAACAAUUCCUUAAAAAACCACAAGACAACAUGGCAAUCCACGAGCCUUAACACUUUGGAUAAAACCCUGUAUUUCGAGUCGUUUUCACGGGUUUCUACCAUUUCUAACCCAUAAAGCAGAGGACCGGCGCUGGGCCAUAUAUUUCUUGUCCUGAAUCAACUUUGGUGGUUGCCAGCUUUGAAGUCCACGAUGUACAGCCGGAGCCCGCCGUUACAGCCGAUCCAAUGAUCGUUCUCCAGCGGCGACUGGCCGGGCUCUGGCCGUGGCUGCUCAUGGCGGCCCUGCAGGUGGUGUUCGGCCAGACGGGCCUGGAGCUGGCGGCGGCCGUAGAGACGGAGCGCUCGACCAUCAGGGCUGUCAUCAAGGUGACACUGCUGAGACACGAGCCCACGGGGAAGCCCAUCACUCUGGAAGGGCUGUUCGUCGGAGGGAGCGCCAGUUCUGCAGAGGGGAAGCUCAUGCAGUCCCACCCUCUAUCCCUAUGCAACACCAGUGAAGAUGAGCGCCAGGAGUCAGACUUCAUCAGCAUCGUCAAGCUGGAGAGUCCGGAGCGCAAGGUGCAUCAGUGUCUGCCCCUGCUCGACAAGGCUCGCCUGGCGUUGGAGAGAGGGGCUCAGGCUGUCAUCUUUGAUGUCACCGAUGAUGUCACAGCUGAAUUCCAGCUUCUUAAGUCAGACUCCCUUCCGCGUCCGGUGGUGCUGAUGCAGGCUGAGGAUGCCGAGAAGCUGAUGGACCUGGUCAACAGGAACGAGGAGGCCAGAGUUCACAUCGACAUCAAGAGGGAGGAUCCCAAAUGGCCCCACUAUGAUGUUGUUGUCCUGCUCACUAUAGUCCUUGCUAUUCUGGCCAUCGUUUCAAUCUUUGCUUUCCGGUACCGAAGCAAGUCCAACAGAACCUGGGACUCAGUCCACCAGCAGACGAUGCGAGCCAUCAGUCGUCUAGAGACGCGGACAUACAGCUCUCAGGGCUGCGGGGGUUCACAGCGCCACCGUGGGGGCCGGGGGUCAAAUAGCAGCUCCAACUCCAACCCCGUUUGUGCCAUCUGUCUGGAGGAGUUCCUGGAGGGACAGGACCUGAGGAUCGUCUCGUGUGCUCAUGAGUUCCAUAAGGAGUGUGUGGACCCCUGGCUGCUGCAACACCGUACCUGUCCCCUCUGCAUGCACAACAUCAUGGGUUCAGAGCUGUCUCGUCAGCCACGGAGGAGCAGACUGCAGCAGACCCCCGAGCACAGCCAGGGUUUUCUGCACCCCCACCCCUACCCCCACGCCUUCCCACAGCACCAAAUCCCCUUCUCCAUGAGGCCUCACUACCCCCACGGCCCCUCCGGUCCCUACCCCUCCUUGGGCCACUAUAGCGGCUCCCCGCCUCUGGACCCCCAGACCCUCCGCUUCCUCCCUAGCCGGCCCCUGGGCUCUGGCUGCGGAUACCUCCACCCUGCAGAGGGCCCCGGAAGGCCCCACAGAGCCGGGGGCAGCUGCAGGACAGCAGGCCACCCUAUGGGGUCCCACUACGGCCCCGGGCCCCGCCGCUCCUGCCACACCUACCGCUCCGGCUGCCCCGCCCAGCGCAGCGCCUCCAGUUCCAGGCUCCACCCCUCCUCUGAUCCCCAGGCCCGCGCCUCCGCAGGUGGGGUCCACAGCCGGGGGGACGAGGGGGGCAGCUGCUCUGGGGGGAGCUACCGGACAGAGCGCAGUGGCUACCUGGCUGACGGGCCGGCCAGUGACUCCAGCUCUGGGCCCUGUCACGGCUCCUCCAGUGACUCGGUGCUCAACUGUACCGACGUGUCCCUGCAGGGUGUCUACGGCAGCUGGUCCACGUUCCGCAGCUCCCUGAGCAGUGACUAUGACCCGUUAGUGUACUACGGGCCGGGGCCGGGGCCGGGGCGGACAGGCCACAGGGACAGCAUGGAGGCAGGGGUCCAGAGACCCAAGUCCCUGGACUCAGUGAUGAACAGAGACAGAGGAGGAAGAGGAGGAGGAGGGUGCUCUGAGGAGCAACAGCAGGCUGUGUUUAGCCACGUCCACUACCACCGCCACCGCCACCACCACUACCGAGAGGAUGGGGAGCGGGAGCAUGCCCAGGGACAGGGCCAGGGGCCAGGCAUGGGGUCAGACGAGGAGCUGGGGGCUGCUGCUGCUGCUAUUGGCCCUGUGUCAGGUUCUCCCCCGGCUCUGGACAAAGAUUACCCAGUGUGCCCUCUGAAAGACAGCCCCUGUCAGUGUCCUAAGGCAGACCACACAGACUGUAGAGGGGCCCAUGGCCACGGGACCGAGGGUCAGGACCAUGAGUUCAGUCCCCCCUCAGGCCCCCCUCCCGUCCUGGUACCUCCAGCCCCCUUACCACCCCCACCCCCCUGCUGCCACCAGGGCCAGAGCCACGGAGGCCACCCCCACCAGAGGGCAGGCCGGCUGGGCGGCUGCGUGCUCGACGGCCCCUCAGUGCGUUUCCACCAGAGCCUGGACCUGCAGGACGACUGUAGCAUUCACAUCCACUACGGCCAGGGCUACUGCUGCCCCCCGCCCGACCUGCCCCCCGGUCUGCUCCCCAUGCCUGUGCCCCUCAUCCUGGACUCUGGAGGAAUGGGGCCCCUGGGGGGCUUAGAGGACUGGCCCUGCUGUGGAGGGCCCCACCAUGUGGUGUGGCAGAAGCGGGUGCAGCAGGCCCACUCUGAGCCCCAGCUGCUGGGGCCCGGGCUGGGGGCCCCUAUGGACAGAACACCGCCCCCAUGCAGCAGGCGUCACCACGGUCACCAAAGCCCAGCGCACGACCGCAACACAGACUUUUGUUUAUACUGUCAAACAUUACACAACAAUCAGGGAUCAGAGGAGGAGUCCGGCGUGUGAGGACUCGCUUAGGCGCAUCCCCAACGUCACGCUGCUACGUACACAGGAGCCGGAACGGACAAAUCGGCGGCCAUCUUUCUCAAGUCUUCCAAAUAAUUCCACAUGAAAUAGCUGCAUUCAGACUACGUUUCCCAGAAUCCCCCAGUCAGUGCUCAGAGUUCCGUCUGUCCAAAAAAUAUAAAAAUGAGUCUAUGAGAUUAUGAUUGUUUUGAACAUUUAUUUAUUUUGACCAUCAAUUCAAACAAUAAGCACAAGUCAUGUAUGGACCUCAAAUUGCUCUAAUUCAUUGUUGAAUUCCAGUAUGUCAAUGUGUUUGAUUUGGAGUUUUGUUGUUGCCAAGUGGUUAUGUGUUUCAAGAUGGAGACUGACUGGGAAUGUUUUUAUUUAGUUUUUCGUCUAGUUUUUUUAUUUUGUUUUGUAAAUUACAGGAAGAACUCAAUACCAACAAGUUGCCUUAGUGACCACAAGGAAUGAUCACUGCUCAGGGCUUGAGUCUCGAUUCACAUCACGAAACUCUCCUACUGUCUCCCUCAGUAGAAAUCACAUGCACAUAUUGGAUAUCUAAUUCCCUUGAGUGGUUGAUUGAGUACUUAAUCGAUUAUACUAUGAGGUACUACUCAGUAAUACUUGAUUUUCCCCUCACAUCCUUAAUGUCCUUAAACUCCUUCAUUUGUGUAGAUACAAUAUGUAGACAACCAUUGGAUCAUGUAUUACCCCCAUACAUGCUCAGUUGGAGGUUUCUUGCUCUUUCCAGCCUAACUCAAAUCAGAUUCAGAAAUGUUUCCCGUCGGCGUGGGUUUCGCAAAGGUACUCAGAGUUACAGAAAAGAGCCAAGAAGCUUAUCAUUGAAGGAAAACAGUUAUUUUCUUAGCUGGCCCUACAAGCAGUGAGCAUCCUGAGAGGUCAUCCUGAGAGGUCAUUAGGGGCUAGCAUGGGGACUUGUGUUGGUUUAUUCAAUAACGGCAGCUGUUUUCAUCACAUUUUGUUUGUUUUGUGGUUCGGUAAAAAAAGAACAUCUGUAAUUUUGUUUUUCAUCGUUAAAAGACUGUACGAUGUUAUUAUUACAAGCUAUUUUAGUUUUACUCAUGUAAUUUCUCAUGUUGCCAGUGGUUACGUAGUAUGUUUGACCUGAUUGCUGAUUUGGUGGCCAGUGAAGGGGGGAGGGGCCCUCCAGACAGACCUGGGUUCAAACUGUAUUUGACAUAUUUCAAAUACUGAAGCUGUGCUUGAUUCAGCUUGCCUGGCUCCAAUGUAAUAGUCCCAAAAGAAAAACCCUGCCCAUCAGGCUAAAGUAUGCAAAUGCUCAAAAGUAUGUGAAAUAUUUACAGUUAUAUUUGAACCCAUGUAGGUCUGCCUCCAGAACAGCAGUGUGAGUGGAGCUUCGCUCGGCUCAGCAAGGACAUGUGCCAUGUCGUCUGCUCUUCACCCCUGACCCCUGACCUUUAACCCCAUGACCUAUUACACAACCCUAUCAAUGUUCACCAGCAAGGAUAUUCUCUCCUUUCCAUUUCUCAUCUAUCAGCUGCUGUAGCUCACCAAGGGUGCCCUUAUCUUGACCAUUGUAGCAAAAUAUUAUAUACAUAAUUACUAUGUAAUAACUGGAGGAAAGCCAUGAUAAUUCAUAAUUCAUUCAACUUUGGGAACAUACAUUUUUCACAACCAAACAUUGACCAAACAAACCUGUGGCCUUAAAUAGAAGCCUGGUGUCGCUCGGUCAGUCAAGCCCUUUCCCUGAAUGUCUCACUGGGAUCCAACAUCCCAGGAGAUUAGAAACACCAGAGCAAAGAAAAAUCAUAUUAAAUGUGCGUAGUUAAAUAUAUCCCCCAAUAUAUAUUUAGUGCUUACUGUAUAUGGAGGCUCAGUGGACAUGUGAAAGGAGACUGCAUUGCAUCCGAGACAGACGGUAAACAUUGAAUUGAAUAAACCUAUUGAUCCCCAGAGUAUUUUCUAAAUAGUUGGAAGCACUUAAAACAACCUUUAAAUGUCCUGUGGCUGAUCUACGGUAGUAACACUCUGAACCAGUUAUGAAAUGAUUCAUUCUCUACCUCCUAUUGAUCGGUUGAACUUUAUUAUUAUCUGAGAUCAUCAAAUAACCGAAUACAUUAAAGCUUGUGUUAUUUUACCAAAGAAACCCCUUUUGGAUGCCUUCUAUUUCACCUCCAUCAAUCUAAACCCAAUUAGCUGUGUUUUGCCUAACAAGAAAAAUACGAAAAAUGGUAUCGCAUGCAGCCAAAAUCCCGGACAAUCAUAGAUUACAGCCCCAAUAUUUACCGAUACCUCAUUUUCUAAUGUUUUUUGCAGACAGCUUCUCUAGCUAAUACUUCAGGUUGUGUCUGUUAUAUAUUUGUGUAGAGAACGGUCCCCUAUAGCCUGGUUAAACCAGACCAAACACUGCUCCCACAAAUGUUUCCCUUUAAAACAACAGUAAAACAUUGUGAAAUCUUUCUGCAUUCCUGGCUACAGUCCCCUAGUCUGAGCUGAAAAUGACUCAAUCACAACCAACCAGCACUUUGGCUUCUAAACUAUUUAAAAAAAAAAUAGAUUUAACAGGAAAAACUCAAUGAAAAGUAAACAAAGCAUUAUAACUACGCCAAUGACCAGUACAAGGAAAUAUAACACUUAAAAAUCUAUGAAACAUCCCUGAAACAUUUUGGGGGCGAUUUUAUUAGCCAUUUCAGGGUCAUUUUCUCUUCGUGUUCAUUGUUUUGUUUUUCGAAUGCAUAAUGAGCUGAAACUGCCUUUUUUCUAGUAGAACACAAUCCCUAUAGAAACGGAAGGGAUCUAUCAGUAUAUUUUGGAUACUUUGAGUAUAAAAAGAGAAAGACAAAAACAGAAAUGAAAUAAAGUGUUGUAUUUUAUAUAUAAUAGAACAUUUCAAUAUGGUGAUAUGUCACUAAUAUAUUUAUUUACUAAUAUAUUUAUCCAUUUUUGUCCAGGUUUUGAAAAAUAAGACAUGCUUUCUGUAUAGAAACGAUAUCUAUAUGAAACUAUGUGCCACAACAGAUGUAUCAACCUGGCUUCAUUCCAAUUAUAUGCAAAUAAAUUAUUUUGAAAUAAAAACCUCUGGUGCUGUAUAUGCUCUAAAUUGUAUUUUAAAUUAACCUUUUUUUUUUUUUUUUGUAUUUAUCUGACAAAUCCCAUUGUAAAACUAGGUCAUUCAAUUAAUGUACAUUUUCAGUCAAAUA